AUAUUGCAAUAAUAAUAAUCCAUUGAUUUUAUUGUAUGUUUUUCUUCUAUACAUUUCUAUAGGAAAUAAAAUAAACAAACAAAACGUAUUAACGAUAAACAAACAAAAAAGUGAUAAACCAUUUGAUAAGUCAAUCGCCGACUAUUGGACUGACUGACUGACCAACCGAUAGUCUGGUCAGCGAUUUGUUUACUUAUUUUUGUUUAAACUCCCGAACUUGUCUAGUGUUGGCCACUACUUGUCCGCAACAAUUAUGGUGUGCAUACCGUGUUUCAUAGCACCCGUACUGAUAUUCGUAUGGUUCAAGUUUAUCGAGCCGUUACUGCGGCCACUGGUGGCCCGCAUAUGGGACAACUAUCAGCUGCCGAACCCGUUCGCCAAUCUGACCUGUCCUAUGCCGCAAAAACCCGGCACAAAAGGAGUUACGGCCACCACCACCACCGAUGCUGCCAAGUGUCCCGUUGCGCACAAUACGGCCACUACCGAUGCUGCUACGGCAGAGCCGACGGCUCCCGAGUCGGCCACUGUUGACGAGUCGUCCGGCGAUCACAAGAAAGAGUUAUAGAAAAAAUAUGUUUUUAAUUUGUUGUUUUGUUUUUUAAUUAAACAAAAAUUAUUUAUUAAUUUUUUUGUUGUUGGUAUUUAUUAUAUUGUGACCAAUUUUUUUUUAAUUACCAUAAAUUGUUUGUCCAUUUAAACUGUUGCUACAGAUAUUGCUUAAUACAUAAUAAUAAUAAUAAUAUAAACCGAUUCAC